GUGUUUAACUGUUAGUCUGUUUGUGUGUGCUGACUGGAUGUAGACCUGGAGCAGCUGCUGACUAUGGAGCUGAAGGAGUUUUCUGAUGGAGACAUGACCGUAGCACUCACUUCAGUGGCUACAGAUAAGGAGGACUGGCAUGAUUAUGUGGAUGAGCUGAAGUCAUUCAGUGAAUGCCGUGGCUAUGAUUGUCUGGUGGUUCUCUUGUCCAUCAGUGAUAAACUUCAUCAUCCUCGCCAGCAGGUGGCUGUCUACUCAAACAACACUGAUAUCCUAAACCAGAUCUGCUGUGAGUUGGAAGAAUCUUCCAGCUGGUCUCUCUCUGGUGAGAUGGAGUCCAGGGAGACUCUCCAAAUAUACCACAUCCCUAUAAACACCUUAUCUUCUGGUACUCCUCCUCUGCUGGUAGAAGAAAUACAGGGCUUCCUCAAGGACUUUGUUGAUAGGCGGAGCUCUGUAUUAGCCUGCAACCCCAGCAGCAGGACCUCUUCCACAGAGGGAGUGGCAGGCAGCGUAGAGUUCUCCCAGGGAUCAUCUGGUAUAAAUGACAUGGAUGGUUCUGACAUAGAGAGAGCCGAGGGAGGCAGUGGAGAUAUGGUGGCAUCAGCAAGGGUGAUAGCAGAUGGUGAAGAGGACACAGGAGUUGUAGGAGUUGAUGGUGGUGGGGAGCUUGUGAGCCCUGAUAGUGGUAUGACCACCAUCCGUAGCAGUCGCUCCUCAAAGGAGAGUUCAGUGUUCCUCAGUGAUGACAGCCCAGUCGGUGAGGCUAUAGCAGGAGGGGGGCAAGCAGCAGGGCCAGGAGGACUCUUCCUGAGAAACCACUCUCCCAUGGGGCAAUCGUCCCUCUCCCCUCCUGUCCCACCUGAGAGAAGGAAGCACCGUUCUAGUGGAAAAAAGAGUGACAACUCUGAUCUGUUUGGUUUUGACCCACUUCAUAGCAAUGGUCAGUCUAUGCCAGCAGGAGGGGGACUGGCAAAUUCUGGAGUAAGAGGAGAUGAGGGAGAAAAAAGAGCAGAGAGCUCAAGCUUUUCAGAACUUGAAGAACUGAGCUUGCUGGAUUUCUCUGCUCCCAAUUCACUGGGAAAUUCUUCAAUUGACCACCAUGGCCUAAUCCUCAGGAAUGACACAAUUGACACCAUGGUUCCCCCAACCCCAGUCAACAGCGUGGUAGGUAGCCGCCCACCCAGCAGUUGUGGAGUAAGGUUCUUUCCAGAAGAUGUGGUUGAAAGAAUCAGUGGCCUGCAGCACAAGGACAGUGUGUCAUCAUCGUUGUCAGAGACCUGGGAUGAACUUGGCUUUGACACACUGGGAGCAGUGUCCUCAGGUGAUAAUAACAUCUGGAAUAAAACCAAAGAAAGUGAGAGUCCACAGAAUACUAUGGACGAGGUUAUUAGGAAAGAGUCAGUGGAUGAUAUGACAGAACAAAAAAGCAGAGAAGAGAUCUUACAGUCAGAGAAUGCCCACCAAAGGCGAAGGAGCCUUGAACCCCAGCUUAGUCUUAUCACUGAGCAAACUGAAUCUUAUGACAACUUCAACCCAGAUUCGAUACUUAAGGAUCAAUGGAACCCUGUUACUUUGGCUUAUCUGCAAUUGACACCACCAGAGGAAGAUGUAACUGCAAAAUGCAGGGCCGGUAUAGCCGGAGCGAAAGAAAAAACAUCCUCAUUUUCAAGAAAGAAAGAAGUCCUAAACACUUUAACACCAGACACAUCUAAAGAAGAGGAUGAAGGGGCACAAGGAAAAAAAGGGGACAGACAGAUGGAGCUCCUGGACUUCUGGACGUACUCAGCUCAGAAGGGAUUUCUCAAAUCAGAUAGUGGAACCACCACAUCUUACCCUGAAUCACUGGAUAUGUGGAAUAUGACAAUUCGAGAUGACAGUCUAUCACCUCUCACAACCCCUGACAACUUGUCUGAAACAUCAGGUUCUUUCUGUGGUGUAAACCCCAAUGUUGGUACUGGCACAUCCCUGGAAAGUCCACUAGCAUUCUCUGAUAGUGGAAUGGUGAUGUGGAACACCACCAUUCGGGAAGACAGCUCUUCCACAAUAACAAGCCCUGAAGCACCUGAAAAUGGAAAGGACCUCAGUCACAUGGAAUCACUGGAUGUUAACGAUUCUCCUGAGACCAAUGCGAAUAAACAGGUGGAAGAAGAAAAAGUUGUAGAGGAGGACAGAGGCAUACAUAAAAUGCUUAGUCAGGCUCUGGAAGAAGUGGGAUGGAGAGGUCAUGACCUCACACACACUGUGAAAAUAGUGAUAGAGGCAGCCGAAGUUGGAACACAGGGCAAACAAACAGGUUGCGAUGGUGACCAGGGUGUUCAGAGUGUCUCGCAGAACUUAACAUCUGAACAUUUAGAAGAUGAGAUGUCAUCCCACUGUGGUACUGACAUGUGGGAUUUACCUGUCCCUGGCAUGGUCACCUCCACUUCAGAAUAUGACAAUGUAGGAGCAUGCACUUCAAGUCUCUCAUCUUCCCCUGAAACCUAUGCUAGUCCCAUAGUAGACUUGAUACAGCUAGAGGAGCAAUCUAGCCCUUUUGUAGCUGUGACACAACCUACACACACUGAUGAAAAGCACUAUCAAUUCCAAAAGGGCGAUUCUCUGGGAAAUACUGAAUACAAAGCAGUAAUUUCAGACAAGGAACAGCUAGCCAACCAGGUAUUCCUAUUUGAGGGAACUAGCGAGUUGAAUCACAUGAACAGGAGUGGGGGAAGUUCAGUUGAGAGUAAGUACGACAACAAAAGUGGAGAAGAUUUAGAGGAAGUUGAUUGGAUAGAGCAACCAGGUGAUCAUUCCCCAUUUGUUUUGGUGGACUACUCCAUUGUCACUCAGAAUACUUCAACCAAACAUCAUUCAAGUCCAGGAGAGGAUGGGACUCAAAUGCAGUCUGACCAGUUAUUGUCCCCAAGCCUUGUUAAUUGGGACAAUGUUGUUUCCAAGAAAUACGAUGGCUCUGAAUCAACUUUAUCAUCACAUGAUCUGCCAACCACAAUAGCCCACAGACUAGAUGGUGACCCUUUGACUGAAAACCAAGGUGAUCCUGCCUAUGAGAGCAUUGGAAAUGUGGAGGGUAAAUUAACAGAAAACAAGUCUCCGAGCUCCAGCUCUGGGGGGGAGCAAAACACACAAAAGUAUAGCCCCGACAGCCUUCACCCAGGUAGUCAAGAUGAACUCAGGUCUAAUUCUGAUGGAGACUCAUCGUCAGGUUUGGAAAUGGAAAGCAUCAUUGUGUCUGGCACAGUAAAAGAGGCUGAUAGAGAGUGGCAUGAGAUAUCCAAAAAGAGUGAUGUGCAAUCAAAAGGAACAAAAAAGUCCAUGGAGACAUUCAGCAUGCUCUCCUAUGCUGCCACAGUACUGCAAACCCAGGCCCAAGCUGCACACAGAGAUCACCAGGAGUGCACAGAACAAAACAGGAAAAAACAAAUGACAGGAACUACUGACAGUCCAGAUACAGAGCAAAAUCCAGCUGCCUUGUCAACUCAUUACCAAGCAAGUCUUGAUAGUGCCACUGAACAUCACAUGGUGCCAGAAAUGACCAUUCCCAGCCAAUCAAAAAAAAAUUAUAGCCAAACGCGGUUAGAAGGAGGAAUCUAUGACGAUAAAUCAAGCAUUGUGGCCGGUAGUGUGUCACAAUCAUUAAGAUAUCCAUCAGACCACUUCCUGAAAACCAGAGAGGAAGUUUAUGUUCAUUCACAAAUCUCAAUGGAAGAUUCGGAUGAGGGUGGGCAGUCACCCUCUGCACCUCCACCAUGUCCUACUUCUUUGGGUGACUUGAAAGUCUGGAGGGGUGAGUUAGCAAGACAGGACACAUCUCAAACUACAUCUGAACAACAAUCCCCUGUAUUUACCAACAGUUCAGUCUCCCACACCAGCUCCUUAAUUGGUACUCCAUUAAGUGAAUCGGGUAUUACCACCGACAGAGGACUUGGUCUGCCAUUUUCUGGAGAUUUAAUGGAAGAUGAAACUGAUGAGGAAGAGCAGGAGGGGCAAACUAAUACUGAGCAAACUACUCUGUCAAAAUGGUCUUCUGAAGUACAAAGUGAGAGGGAACAGAAUCAACAGUUAGGAUCUUCUGAUAUGCUAAGUUUCACUGAUGAGCUCAUUGGGGACUCUUCAUUUCAACAAACACAAUUACAAACACUGGAGCAAAAAAGAGACAGACUUCCACAGAAUAUGGUGGAUUACUAUGACGAACAAGCUUUAAGGACUGUUCGUCAUAGUGAUAAAUGGGCAACUGAACAGCACAUAGGAGACCCUGAAGCUUCUCAAGAUAGCUAUUCACCCAUUUUAAGAAGACACCAAGAUGUGACAUCACAGUUUUCCUCCCAGCCAACCAAUGAGAAUGCUGCAUACCAGUGGACAGGAAGUCAGAAUGUAACUCAGGGUCAAACCCAAUAUGGGUACAACUACCACCACAUCGACCAAAGAACUGAAAACCAGAGUGCCCACCCAGCCUGCGUAGAUACUAAAUAUGACAGCCAGCAAAACGCCGCAGAUGUUUAUGCUGAGUUUACAACUGAUGCCACUGCUAUGCAGUACAGAUCUGAGCAGGCUGAGAGCUAUUAUGAACCUGGAGUUAAUGCUGAGUACAGCUUGGAUGAUCCUGGUUCCAAGUUUCAAUAUAUAGCUGAAAGCCAGUAUGGGGAUAACUCCGUGUGCACGUCUGAACUCCAGUGCUCUACAGAUCAAGCCGAAGGCCAGAGUCAGUAUGAGCCUGAAUACAGUCACUACCAGUUUGAUGACCAGCCAUUCUACCAAUCAGAUGUCCGCCCUAAGAGGGAAGAUCAUGCGCGGUAUGUGCCGGAGGAAUAUGUCCACUUUCUCCUGGAAAGACACUCCCAACAACGAGAAGGUACAGCAGGAAUGAUGAUGAAAAUGGUCUCCAGUGAGGAAGCUGCAGAAGAGAUGGAUAACAAAGAAGAUCCACCCUCCUCUGUGGAUCUGUCAGGUGGGUCCAGUCAAAGGAGAAAGUUGGCAGCUCCACCAAUGAAUGUGUCACUGGAACACAGUGAGGGAUCUCUUCUCUCAGAAGAUGCCCUGGACACAGAGGAUGAAGCUUUGGAUACUGGUGACGACCUGGAUGUCAACAUAGAUGAGCUGGACACACCUGAUGAGGCUGACUUGCACGAUGACUCUAAUCUGGGUGGAGGAGCAGCAUCAAGUGAUGGACACAAAGCAGCUGAGGAGAGCAGACUGUGGAGAGCCGUGGUGAUUGGAGAGCAGGAGCAUCGCAUUGAUAUGAAGUGUAUUGAACCAUACAAAAGAGUAAUUUCUCAUGGAGGUUAUUACGCUGAACAGAAUGCCAUCAUUGUGUUUGCAGCCUGCUUCCUACCAGACAGCAACUGUAACAAUUACAGUUAUGUAAUGGAAAACCUUUUUCUGUAUGUGAUAAGUACCUUGGAGCUAAUGGUGGCAGAAGAUUACAUGAUUGUUUAUCUGAAUGGUGCCACACCUCGCAGGAGAAUGCCUGGCUUUACAUGGAUGAAAAAGUGUUACCAAAUGAUAGACAGAAGACUGAAGAAAAACCUUAAGAUGUUCAUCAUUGUCCAUCCUUCCUGGUUCAUACGGACUUUGCUGGGAAUCACCAGACCAUUCAUAAGCUCCAAGUUCAGCAGUAAGAUCAAGUAUGUGAAUAGUCUGCAGGAGCUUGGAGAAAUCAUCCCAAUGGAGUAUGUUCACAUUCCACCCAGCAUCGUCAAACUGGAUACAGAAUUGCAAGAAAUAUCAAAUAAAGCCGACAAGACGGGGAGCUAAGUUGUUUGAUAAUUACGAGAUACCUGGUUGCUGCCUAUCUUGUUGCUUCAUUACGCUGCACUCUGCUGCAGCAUAUCUGACUAGAAGCCAGCCCACAGCAUGAUGUGUAUGCCACAUAGUUGUUAAUGCAACAACUAGCAAAGGGUUAGCAAGGAAGGUGCUGUUGUACAAAACAUCAGGCAGUUGCUUGCUCGUUGACAAACGCACCACCCUGACGGUGCUGAACACUGUUCUGUGUUUACAGGGCAGAGACUAUAAUUGUGCUGAAGGGAAAAUGCUUUAUCCUCUACUCCUAUCUGUUACACAGCAAUCAAUUUGCAUUCCUCAUAUGGUAGCUUUGACUUUGUUGACUUAGACUUCAUUUUUAGUUUGAACAAUGCUAUACAUCUUAUGUAACUGACUUUUAGAGGAAUAACUGAUUUUGUUACAUUCAUGUAUUAAUCUACCCUGUCAGAUGCCAUCUGUACCUUCUGUAACCCCUGGAAGCCAUAGUGAGGUUCAUGACUUCUUGAAGUUGUAUUACAGCCCAGAUGCUCUCAAAUUUUGUUGUGUUCCUUGGACGUUUGAGAAGUUACUGUACUGUAGCUCUGGUAAUAGACUGUAAUGUUAAGGGACACUCUAUUUAGACUGUAAUUACAGGUAGUCAAGGUUUACAAAAAUAUAAUCCACACAAGAAAGAAUCAUUAUACUUCAAGCCUGUAUUUCCGAGCUGUUGUUUUAUUAAUUAGGCAGUUGACAGAGGUGUAAGUGGCUCCUGUCACAGUGGAUUUCUGUGUUACCUCACCAUGUCACUCAGCACUUCAUACAAUCUUUAAAAGGCUGUCAGAAAGCUGUUCUAUUAACACUGUAUAUCACUGUGAAAAUACUUGCAACGUCAUAUCAUAAAGGUAGCAAAAAAGCAGUUAUCAGUAGCUGCAGUGAUGUGUUGCAUGCUUUCGGUUGUUAAUGUUUGAGAUUGUUCUGAUCUGAUUGUCCAACUGCAGAGGUGUAAUUUUAGUUGUGGUGUAUUUGUGUGUGUGUGAGUGCAUGUGUGUGUGAGAGAGAGAGAGAGAGAUUGCUGUUGCUGACUGAUGUUUAGGAAAGUGCAGUAUAGAGUAUCUACUGUACCGGUUGGGCUGUGUCUACUUUUAUCAGCUUUUUGUUAUAUUUGUAUACGUUUGUUUGUAGCUUGGCAGGUAUUUGUUGUAAAAUAUGUCACAUGUUUUUACUUCAUUAAAAACGUGUUCCUCUUCAACAAAUAUACCACACACCACAAUGCACCUGUUGAACCCUGCAUAAUAAUUAAAAGUGCU